AUGAGGACUCUCUGCUCUGUGCUGCUGAUAUGCUGCCUCCUUUUCUCAUCUACCACCCCAGCUGUUGCCUUUGUAACAGGAGACGAAGCACAAAUGAAUAACUGCCACAAGAAAGGAGGGUACUGUUAUGAAGCUUGUUUUUUUAAUCACAAAAUAAUAGGCAACUGUCUCCCACAGUGGCCGAGAUGCUGCAAGACCACAUGA